UUAAAGCAGUUUUCGUGUGUUUGUCUGGCAGUGUGGUGUGUGAAAUCGGCCCGGCGAAACUGUACAAAACCGGAGAGGUGGAAAUCGAGGUGGGCAGAGGAAAGAAAGGCAUAUCCACAAAAACGGUCCGCUUCACCUACAGGACUGACGGCUCUCGGACAGCGCGCAGAUGCAUUUCCUGGGAUUAUGUAAUCAUUACAAUAAGAUAUGGUGGCAGACAAAUCAUGGUGGUGGGUUCUGGAUUUGACCUGGUCCAGAAUGCUACCAUCAAGGUGGUGGCGUCGGCUGGAGAAUGGUCCGGACAGACCGUCCCAGAGGAGUUUGUAGAGCGAUCCAAGCACAAAAACGACACCGUCAUCAUGUUCCUGUCACCUGUGGUCAACGAGUCUCAGUUCUUCAGGACUUACGUGCAGCUCGAUAACCUCCAGACGGAGCUGAUGCCGUUUGAGUAUCACCCCGACCCUACAUUCGAUCGCCUCAGCAAGACGGAUAUCACUGAGAACAGCAUGAUCAUCGUCACUGGUCGUGGCUUUUCUAAAGCGAUGACGGCGAAGGAGGCGCAGGCGUUUGUGGGAGACGCCCCGUGUAAUGUAAACACGUUACAGGAUGAUAAAUUAUUCCUGGACCCGCCCUCAACCACACCCAGUGCUCGAUCCAAGAGACAGAGGAGAGACACCGGCUCCGACCCGCUGGACCUGGUGAUUAAGUUUGGCAAUGGCGAGUGGUUGGUCGGCUCAGUUCGGUAUGAGAGGAAGUACAAUCUCCCGCUGCCCAUCAUCAUCCCGGCGGUGGUCGUUCCCAUGCUGCUGAUUAUCGCCAUCUCCGUCGUCUGCUACAGGAGGAAGAGCCAGCAGGCAGAGCGAGAGUACGAGAAAGUGAAGCAUCAGCUGGAGAAUCUGGAGGAGAGUGUUCGUGACCGCUGCAAAAAAGAGUUCACAGAUCUGAUGAUCGAAAUGGAGGACCACACUAACGACAUCAGCGAGGGCCGGAUCCCGUUCCUGGACUACAAGACCUACACCGACCGCGUCUUCUUCCUGCCCUCGAAGGAUGGCGCCAACGACGUCAUGAUCACCGGCAAACUGGAUAUCCCAGAAUCCCGCAGGGCUACGGUCACCCAGGCGCUGAACCAGUUCUCCAACCUGCUCAACAGCAAAACUUUCCUCAUCAAUUUUAUCAGAACGCUGGAGGGCCGUCCGGAUUUUAACGCCAGGGCCAAAGUGUAUUUCGCGUCUCUGCUGACCGUAGCGCUUCACGGUAAACUGGAGUAUUACACAGACAUCAUGAGGACGCUUCUGCUGGGGCUCAUGGAGGAUUACGUUCACAGCAAGAACCCUAAGCUGCUGCUCCGCAGGUGGAGAAAUGGUUGUCUGUGUAAUGUGCUGGUGUUUGUUCAGGACAGCGCCGGAGAGCCGCUCUACAAACUCUUCAGAGCCAUAAAGCACCAGAUUGAAAAGGGGCCGGUGGACGCACAGGUCAAGAAAGCCAAAUACACGCUGAAUGACACUGGCCUUCUCGGAGAUGACGUGGAGUACAUUGUGCUGACGCUGCAGGUGCGGGUUCAGGGCGAGGGGCCCGACAUCACCCCCGUGAAGGUGCUGAACUGUGACACCAUCUCUCAGGUGAAGGAGAAGAUCAUCGAGCAGGUGUACAAAAACCAGCCGCACUCUCAGAGACCCAAAGUAGACAGCGUCACCCUCGAAUGGCGGCCCGGCUCCACGGGACAGAUCCUGUCAGAUCUAGACGUGACGUCGCAGAAGGAGGGCAGAUGGAGACGUAUCAAUACGCUGGCACACUAUAACGUAUGUGAUAAUGCAACGGUGGUCCUUUCCAGAGUGCAGCACACGCAGCAGUCGUACGACCAAAAUCAUGAUAACCAUGAAGAGAGAAACGCCCUGCUGGAGGAUGAUAAAGUUUUUCACCUGGUGCGACCGGCUGAUGAGCUGGAUGAGAUGAAAUCCAAGAGAGGCAGUAUAAAGGACAAAUCCAUGACCAAAGCCAUCACAGAGAUAUAUCUGACCCGACUGCUCUCCGUCAAGGGUACGCUGCAGCAGUUCGUGGAUGAUUUCUUUCGCAGUGUGCUCUGUUCUGGCGCCAGCGUCCCGCCGGCGGUUAAAUACUUUUUCGACUUCCUGGAUGAGCAAGCCCUUAGACAUGAGAACGUAGAUGAAGAAACCAUACACAUCUGGAAGACCAACAGUUUGCCGCUGCGUUUCUGGGUAAACAUACUGAAGAACCCUCACUUCAUUUUUGACGUGCAUGUGAGCGAGGUCGUGGACGCCUCUUUGUCUGUCAUAGCUCAGACCUUCAUGGACGCCUGCACAAAAACAGAGCACAAACUCAGUCGGGAUUCUCCCAGCAACAAAUUACUCUAUGCAAAGGAGAUCUCCACCUACAAAAGGAUGGUAGAUGAGUACUAUAAAGGAAUCCGGCAGAUGGUGUCAGUCAGUGACCAGGAAAUGAACACACAUCUGGCUGAAGUGUCACGGGCGCACACAGACAAACUGAACACUCAAGUGGCUCUUCAUCAGCUCUACCGGUACGCCAGCAAAUACUACGAUGGGAUCAUCAUGUCUCUGGAUGAAGAUCCUGCUGCCCAGAGUAAACAGUUAACACUGAGACUGCAGCAGAUCGCCGCAGCGCUGGAGAACAAAGUGACUGACCUCUAACCCUGUCCGAACGAACGCUCUCAGUGUGUAUUUAGCUCAUCACUAUAAUCAGAUGUUCAAUUUCUUCCUGUGUAGAGACAAAAGGUUUUAAGAAUCGUAUUCUAUAUUUUUUUUAAUGUGCAGUCUUUAUGCAGAAAGCUUUAUAAGAGGAGAAUAACUUUUUAAAUAGACGGCCUUGUAUCAGUUGUUUUUAAAGCUUCUGUGUGUGUGUGUGUGUGUGUGUG